UAUUGAAAUUGAUAGUAUAUAGAAAUACAUAAUAAAAUAUAAAUUUGAUAUUACAUAUAAAAUAAGUAUAUCUGAUACAAUUAUAAUUGUGAAAAUUUUUAAAAUUUUAUAUUUAAAAAUGAUAGACUUAAUUUUAUCAAGAAAUAAUGUCUUUAUAUGGAAUGCAGAAGAUUGGCUGAAACUUAGAAAAGAUUAUCGAAUAAUUGGUGAACUCAUAGGUUGUCUUCCAAAGAAACCCAGACAAGACAUAUUUUUAGGUCUUCCAUUACUAUUGCAACCAGAAGAAGUAUCUCUUUUACUUGAAAAAGGUAUUGCACGACUUGUACAAUAUUCAUGUCUUCAAAAAUUACCAUCUGAUUCUUUGAAACAAGCUUUUGAAGAAUACAGAAAUACAUUGUAUAUAGAACAAGAAAAAUGUUUAAGAAAGGAAAGACAAAAACAGGUAAUUGGUAUGAUGGAUAAAAUUAUAGAAGGAAAAAAACGAAAAAUGCUUGGAAUAGAUACAAAGAACAAAAAAGCAAUGAAAUCAUUAGAUCCAAAAGUACAAACAUCAUUUGAUAAUAUUGAAAUAAAUAAACAAGAGUUACUAGAGGAAGAAAUGGCAAAAUUACCCAAAUUGGACAAAAAUGAAGCUUUGAUUCAAAUCCAUACAGUGUAUCCAUGGACAAGUAAAGAUGAUAUAGAAAUAGUGGAAUGGAAGUAUCCUUACACUGAAAAACAACAACUUCGAUAUAAAACAUUUAAAGAUUUAUGGGAAAAAGGAUACUAUUUAACAAAUGGAGAAAAAUUUGGUGGAGAUUUUUUAGCAUAUCCUGGAGAUCCCAUUAUGUUUCAUUCUCAAUUUAUAAUUUUAUGUAAAGAUAAAAAAGAAGAAAUUCCAAUAACUGAAUUUUCAGCGCAGUGUCGAAUUGCUUGCCAUGUUCGAAAGACACAAGUAUACGCUUUCUUUUCUGAAAAUCAAGAUAUAAAAUACCAAUCAUUCCAGUGGGCAGAAAGUGCUGUACUUGAAAAUAUUUAACAAUAUUUGAAUAAUAUGUAUAACUUCACCUUUGCACUCUUUUUUCGAGUAUGACUUGACAUCAGUUUUUAUCACAGGAAUUCUUAUGUCGAGUCACACUCGACAUUUUUAAAUUGCUAAAAAAAAAGAAUAAUUGAAAAAUAAUU